CAUGGACGACCUUCGGGAAUCCCGGAACCUGGUCCGAAUGUAUAGCUUUGAAGUUGAAGAGAGAUUGCCCCAGGGAAAUGUCGCGCACAACCUGGGUUCUAUCUUAAGUGAGAGCAAAGGAGAUCUCGAAGAUCUCACAGCCCCAUGGCGAAAGUUCUUUGAGCCAUGGAAACCGAGCGGUAGCGAAAAGAACCCAGUCACCGUCGCUCUCACACAAGAGGCAGAGGCUCUCAGAAAGCGGUGGUUAGAAUUCCGAAUAUCCAAUCCCGAAGUCGAUAGGGUAGAUCUUCAGCGAUCAGAGCCCACUGCGCAAGAUCUUGUGGACCUGGUAGAACAGUCUAUGUCAAAAUGGCAAGAAAGAAGAUCCACAGGUAGAAGAGGAAAAGCAAUGUCUUUUUUCCGCCAGUUUUGCCGCAGUAUUAACUCACACAAGGCGGUUAUGGGAAUACUCCCGGAAGGAAAUGAGUACGUGAGCCUAUUUACCGGCACGCUUAACGCCGUUGUCAAGGCAAGUGUGAACCACGAGAAAAUUGCUGAGGGGGUUUCACAAGCGCUUGCAACUAUCGGCGAAAACGUUGCAAAUUGCCAAAACGAACUGGAAGUAUUCCCAUCCGAACCCAUGCAGCAUGCCGUGGCUGCGCUCUACGUCGGAAUUUUCAAGUUCCUUCAGAAAGCCAUGACUUGGAUAAUGUCAAGCAGACGCAAGAAGCUUCUGGACUCCUUUAAUGAAAACUUCUACGAGCAUUUCGAAGACGAUCUCGCCGCAAUACAAAACUUGACCGACAAUGUCCGGAGGAAGUUCAUCCAAGGUUCAGCCGCAGAACAGAGAGUUACAAGACAAACGGUCGAGGACACAAAUAAGAAGAUCAACAUCGACCGAGAGAACAACGAACAUUUCCAAAAUGAAAUGAGGACACAGUUUCAACUGCAGGAGCAGUUUCUCAUAGAUACUGCACGAAGGCUUGAACAGCCUCUGGAUAAACUCUACCAAAUGCUCCAAGGCUUGGCAUUGGACCGAAUGAAGGCAGAGCCGCAAUCAAGCACUUUCCAAAUGCAUCCUUCACCACAUUUUGCAUUGACAAAUACUAUGCCUACUGGCCAAGCUAUGCUUCCAUCGACACAAAUUUCAACAAAUUGGUCAAAAGAAAAUGUUACUCUCAACUCAACGAAUCUCGAAGAUUACUUCCAUCGGGACAGAAUUAGGUUGCCAAGCGACCCAUUCGACUCCAUGAUGGUUCAGCAAGAAGCUUUAGCACGCCUGACCGAGUGGACGAAAGAUCCCAAGCAAAGCAUACUUUCUCUAUCAGGCCCAGCCAUGGAAGCGGAUGACUUUGAAAACCCGAUGACCAUGCUAGCGGCCAAAUUCGCCGAAUUUGCAGACAGGUCUGGUGUAAAGAUCAUAUCCUACUUCUGCGAGCUCAGACGGGGCGAGAAGACUCGUUCAGGCAACACAAGAGAGAGUCAAGCUCUGAUAUCCUUAGCUUACUCUUUGGUAAGACAGACGGUUGAGCUAUUGCCUUCCGUAUUUCAAUCUGAUGCGGACUUCUCGGAGGAGAAAUUCCAACAACUGGACGGGACCGAGAAAUCAUGGACAACCACUCUCGAAAUACUCCACAACUUGCUUCCGUUGUUGCCAGACAAGGUCUUCUUCAUGAUCGAUGGUUUUCAAUGGCUGGACGACAGAAGCACUGCGAAGCUCAUGAAAGAUCUUCUAAUGGUUCUUCGGAAGAGCAAUAUGAAAGUUCUGUUCACUACGUCAGGAGACUCGAGAUGCUUGCUGGGUAAUCUUUCCAGAUCAGAGAUGGUUUUGGUAAACGAGGUUGGUCCAACAGCAAGAGGUUCUUCUGUAGCGUAUCAAAGGUUUUAGGUAUGAAAUCACUACUCAUACAAAUUCAAAUUGCCAACUGCAGCUAUAAAGGCAUUAAAAAUUAUAUAAAGUACCUACCACACGGUGUUUAGGAUUCGGACCAUUACCA